AUGGCUCAUGCCCCGUUACUCAGAACCAAUACGGCCCCGGUCUUCCAGUCUACACUGAGCGGCACCGGCGGCCUGCAACAGGACAGUAUGAACAAUGCGCCGCGCACCAGCCAGCUCUCGGGCUCGACAGCCUUCGCUGGCUCGUCUUCGUCUCUCAACUCCCUAAGCAGCGGUGCUACCGUUGUUCCCGGGCAGAAUGGUGGCCCCGUCAUCGCGACGACAAACAUCAUCAACCAAAAAGCCGACGCCUCUCGUUCGCUGUACCAGAUUUGCGUCUCACUCAAGCAGCGCCUAGCGCAGGUGCCCAACUUCGAACCGUUCCUCGAGCAGCUCGACCCGACGGAUCCCGUGGAUCCGUUAUGGAAUCUCUUUCGCUCGGGUUAUCCACUCCUCGUCAUUUACAACUCUCUUCAGCCUCCCGAGCCGCUCAGAGUAGACGACCCAAAUGCCUCAGAAGCGAAGAAAUCCAAGAUUGCCAUCUUCAAGUUUGUACAAGCAUGCAUGAAGGAGCUUCAGGUCCCUCCGACAGAAAGUUUUGUCAUUACCGACUUGAUGGGCAAUGACACCUCUGGGUUCGUCAAGGUAACGCAAGUUGUCAACUAUGUGCUCGAUCUCGCUGAACAGCGCGGCUUGCUACUGCAACAACACCUAUAUCCCGAAGAUGAGCCCAUGGCUGCCCCAGGCGGCUCCCAAAUGAGCUACAGAGACCACAUCGUCAAGGAGCUAGUUGACACGGAGCGGAAAUAUGUCCAGGACCUCGAGAAUCUGCACGACUUGAAGAAGUCCCUCGAGCAAAAGGGCGCGAUUCCCGGCGAUAUUGUCCAUCAAAUAUUCUUGAACAUCAACGCUAUCCUCGACUUUCAGCGUCGCUUUCUGAUUCGCGUUGAGACGACGAAUUCGAUGCCCAAGGUUGCUCAGCGUUGGGGUGCUCCCUUUUGCUUCUACGAAGACGCGUUCGACAUCUAUCAACCGUUCAUCGCGAAUCAGAGGAAGGCUGCUCAGAUCGCGAAUCAGGUUUUCGACAAGAUCCAACUCUCCGAGCAUCCUGUCGCUGCCGACUUCAACACACUAGACGGGUUCUUGUUGAAGCCCAUGCAACGCCUAGUCAAGUAUCCGUUGCUCCUCAAGGCAAGCUUCGAUUCAAUCCCUUGUCCAGCGCCCCCGACUGACGACGACGACCCUCAGGACCUGCACAAGAAGAGCGAGGAUGCAGAAACCAGAAAUGAUCUAAUGUCAGGCUGCGAAGCUGCUGAGCGUGUUUUGCACAAAGCCAACGAGGCUGUGAACCGAGAUCUCCUGGAUGAAGCCCUGGAAGAGCUCAUCAACAGAGUAGAUGACUGGAAGUCCCAUAAGGUGGAGUCAUUCGGAAAGCUACUCUUGCACGGCGUCUACGGUGUUAUUACUGGGAAGAGUGACCAGGAGAAAGACUAUGAGAUCUACCUCUUCGAGUGUAUACUGCUAUGCUGCAAGGAGGCGUCGCCGAACAAGAGCAAGGAUAAGAAGGACAAGAGUCGAACUUCGGGGCCCAGACUCCGAAACAGGAACACGAAGCUCCAGCUCAAAGGCAGGAUAUUCAUGACUAACGUUACUGACAUCGUGUCUCUGUCCAAGCCAGGAUCGCACAGCGUCCAGAUCUGGUGGAAGGGCGACCCUGGCGUCGAGAACUUCACAAUCAAGUUUCUCAACGAGGAAAUGAUGAAGAAGUGGGCCGUUGGACUUGAGACGCAAAGGAAAGAGAAUGCUCCGCGCCUGUCGACAAGUCCCGACGGUAUUGCAGCUGAUUUCGCUUGGACGCGGGAUCACGCGGGCGGGCUCGAGAACCCGUAUUUGCAGCAAGACGACGACGACGACGAGGACUACGGACCCGCCACCGCUCCGGCACAAUUUCCAGUGCCAUCAAACUCGACAGUCGGUUCGAUGCCCCCGAUCGGCGACUGGGGACAGCGUGCAUUCACUGGCCGGCAUCGCAAGGGCACCGCCUCCACGAUUCCCACUGCCGACUCCUCCAGCGCCCCUCAGCCUACAGACGAUGGGUAA